UUUAGCCUUCUCCAAAAGGCAUUUAUACUUUCAACAAAAUACAAUAUUAAUCAUUCUCUGAUCAAUGUCCUUUCCAAGUCCUAAUUUCAGCUCUGGAAUCCACAAAAAUCAUCAACAAUACUUCUACCGAACUGACUUCUUUGAUCAUCAGCUUCUUCCAACUACUUCUCUUUCUCACUACAGGUGCAAAGAAUUGAUUCUCCUAAUUCUAUAGCCCAUUAUUUCAAAAAAUAAAGUAAUAUUAUUCCUGAUUCAAAACAUUAGCAAGAUCUUGAAAUCAUGGAGAAGAAAAUAUUGUUCGGCAAAUAUGAAAUGGGGAAACAAUUAGGCAAAGGCACAUUCGCUAAAGUUUUCCAUGCAACAAACCUUGCCACAGGCGAAAACGUGGCGAUCAAAGUGAUCAAGAAAGAGAUAGUGAAAUCUCAAGCACUGAUGGAGCAAAUCAAGAGGGAAAUCUCCGUUAUGAGCCUUGUUCGCCACCCUAACAUUGUCGAGCUCAAAGAAGUCAUGGCAACAAAAACCAAGAUCUUCAUUGUCAUGGAAUACGUGAAGGGCGGCGAACUCUUUGCAAAAGUAGCCAAAGGGAGGCUCAAACAAGACGUGGCUCGAAAAUAUUUUCAGCAGUUGAUUAGUGCUGUUGAAUUUUGCCACAGUUGUGGUGUUUCUCAUCGUGAUCUAAAGCCAGAAAAUCUCCUUCUUGAUGAGAAUGAGAAUUUGAAGGUGACAGAUUUUGGCCUUUCGGCUUUGCCAGAGCAAUUACUCAACGAUGGGCUUCUUUACACUCAGUGUGGAACUCCAGCCUAUAUUGCACCUGAGAUAAUAAGAAAUAAAGGAUAUAAUGGUGAUAAGGCUGAUAUUUGGUCAUGUGGAGUCAUAUUAUAUGUUCUUCUUGCAGGGUGUUUACCUUUUCGAGAUGCUAACCUUGUGAAUCUAUAUAGAAAGAUUUUCAAAGCUGAAUAUAGGUUUCCUCCAUGGUUAUCUACAGAAAUAAAACGUUUAAUAUCUAGAAUAUUAGUACCUAACCCACAAAAACGGAUUAGUAUAACAGGAAUAAUGAAAGACCCUUGGUUUAGAAAAGGUUUUAAUAAAAUGCCAAAUGGGAUUUCAUCAAUUGAUCAUGAACAUGAUACAAUUUCCAUGUUAGAUAAGUUUGGAAGAGAGGAAUAUUUAAAGCAUGGAGGGAUGAUGAAGUCACCAUCCUCCCCAGCCUUAUUGAAUGCUUUUGAAUUGAUCUCAUCAAUGUCAGCGGGAGCCAAUUUAUCAAGCUUGUUUGAAAACAAGAAGAAGACGGAGUCCAUUUUUACGUCGAGGUGUUCAGCCACAAUCAUCAUGGCCAAGAUUCAAUUGAUGGCCAAUAAAUUGAAUUUUAGGGUUGCAAGAGUCAACAGUUCAACCUUGAGGCUACAAAGUCCCUUCGAUGGUCGGAAAGGGCGGUUAUUUGUGGCCAUAGAGGUGUUCAAGGUGGCUCCAGAAGUGGCUGUGGUUAAGUUCUCAAAGAUCUCAGGUGACUCACAAGAGUACACCAAGUUUUUUGAGGAGGAGGUAAGACCAAACUUGAAGGACAUUGUUCUAUCAUGGCAUGUUGAGGAAGUGUUAAGUGGUUGUGACAAGGAAGAGUGCAAAAUACCCAUGAAGUCAUGUGCUAGUUGCAAGGAUUUCAGCCAAAAUAAGUCAGAAGAAAUUGACAUAACUGCCAAUUUGUCAUCCAGCGUGUGAAAAGAAUAUUGUUUAUAUAACUCAUAAACACUUGGCUUGUAUGUCAUCUAAGUAUUGUAUAUGUGUGACCUGUGGGUCAUGGGUUCGAGCCGUGGAAGUAACUACUAAUUCUUGCAUUAGGGUCACUGUCAACAUCACACACCUUGGGAAGCGACUCUUCCCCGAACCCUGCUAAUGAAUGUUUUACGCACUGGG